AUGAACCCUCAAAUCAGUAACAUUAUCAUCAUGUUGGUCAUGAUGCAGCUUUCUCGUCGCUUAGACAUGGAGGACCCAACAAUCAUCAUGUACAUUAGAAUCUUAUACUGUUCCUCCAUUGCUAUCAGCUGGAUGGUCUACCAAAUGGCCAGAAAGAGAAUCGUCGCCAAGAACGAUAUGACUACCAUGAAGUAUGUCGUGCCUGGCAACGCCAUGUCCGGCGAGGGUGAAAAACUAGAAGUCACCACUGUCAAGGACUACGAUUUGAAGGAAACAGAUAGUGCUAUCAAGUCAAUCUACACCGGGAUGGCCAUGAUGGGGUUUAUGCAUUUGUAUUUGGGAUACACCAACCCAUUGUUCAUGCAAUCCAUCUCUCCCGUCAAGAGCGCUUUGGAACACAACGAAGUGAAGAUCCAUCUUUUCGGUAAGCCUGCUGCUGGGGACUUGAAGAGACCUUUCAAGGCUGCCUCUUUGUUCGGUGGUAUGGGUCAAUCUGGUCCAAAGACCGACAAGAAAUCUAUCGAAGAAGCUGAAAGAGCCGGUAACUCUGGUGUCAAGGCCGAAUGA